AUGGAUUCACCUGUGUUGAUUCCAAGAUUGAUUCCAGACUUGUCAGCACAAGACAAUGGUGAUCAUAAUCAUCCGCCUAGCACCAGCAGCAAGAAAUAUUCAAAAUUUAGUGCUCAUAAAGUCAACGUCAACCGCAAAUACCGAGCGGUUGCAAAUGUAGUGAAUACUUCCAAACAGCGAAUAAGAGCUUCUUUCAAGUCUCGAGCUGCACAGUCCUCCUCUUCGUCAUCUUCUGCAUUGACGACGACGACAACUGCUAUCAGUAGCAACAAGUUCCAGCAACUCAAUCCCAAACAACACCUGCAGAAAUGGAUGCAACCGAGCGAAAUAAAACGCAAGAGAACCCUCAACCAGCGGCUCCAAUCUCAAUUUGCCGAGAUCCAGGAACAAAAUCACGAUUUGCUCCAACAAAUUCGAAUGGAAAAGAUGGACUUUUCACAUCAACGAACAGAGCUUGAACGAGAACGUUUGGAGUUAGAGCGAAGCUUGGGGCUAAAUGUUAAUGGUGACGAUGAUCCCAAAAGCACUCGAUCCCAUCAUCAAGACGCAACGGGAGGCCAACAACAACGAAAACAAGUGGAACAAGAACCGACCCGAACAAUGAAACCGGGGAUCAGGAAUGUUCCUACUCCUGAUCCUAGUAGUAAUAAACGCUUGCCAUUCGAAGCAUCGUCGGGAGAUCCCAUGGUGUUUUCAGAUGAAUCUAAAACGGAUCUUUCCACAGAAGUCGCUGCCAGCAACUCAGUAAUAGCUGCUAGCAGUGCGCCAGUGAAGGAGGACGCGAAUACCCUCAAUACUACCAACGCAAAUAAUAAUCAUGAUGACGAAGAGGUGCCAGAACAGCAGCAGCAACAACAAAUUGGUUUUUCAGACGAAACCAAGACGGAACUGUCUGCAGAAACCUUUUCCAACAAGUCACUGGCAGCUGCUAACAGUGUGCCAGCUAAGCAGGGCGCGACUACUACCAAGACGGCACUACCCGCAGAAAUCUCUGCAAGCAGUGCGCCAGAUGAGGAAGAUGCGACUACUACCACCGCGAAUUGUGACGAUGAUGACGAAGAGGCACUAGAACAGCAGCAACGACCCAAAUUUUUUUCUGAUGAGUCCAAGACCGAGCCACCCGUAGAAGCCGCUGCCAAUAUUGUGUUAGAUGGGGAGGAUGCGAAUAGUACUGCCAGCGCAAAUGAUGACGAUGAUGACGAAGAGGAGCCAGAACAGGACCACCUACAGUCUGGGGAUUCAUUGACUGAUCCGCGUCUUCAGAUUCUAACCUACUUCAACACUGUUUCAGCAGAGGAGAUCGUAACUUCCUCGCUAGCAGCAUCGCCAUCUGUUGCUGAAGAUCCAACAACUUUACAGUCUGAGCGGCCUCCCGUGAUGAAUGGUAAGGAAAAACCGUCUUCUUCUGAAUCAUCUGUGUUUACUAUUUGGAGGCCGACAUCGGCCGAAGCAAUCCGCAAAAUGGUCGAAGGCGAAGGAGUCGGGAAAGGCCUUGAGAUAAAAGGGAAAAGUUCUAAGGCGGGCGCCCUCUCUGGCUUUGUCCCUUAUCUGCAGAUUAACAAAGAAGAACACAAGUCUAAGGUCAGAACGAUGGAGCGAGGUGGUCGAACACGAAUCUUCUUUGCGACAGAGAAAGCACGAGACGCAGUCUUGGAUGAUCUUGGGCCACUUCAGAAUAACAUUCUCAAUGCCGUGCAGGAUGCCAAGCGAACCGUCAGACACAGUGUGAUACAGGUGCUGUAUGUUCCUCAUCACGCAAAGAAAAAGGUGAAAAAGGCGGGCAAGGUGGCCAAGAAAACGGCCAAGAAAACAGCCGCCAUGGCAAGCAGCACGGUGUCUCUCGCAACUAACACCGUUUCGACGUCUGUUGUGACGGCCGGUAAUGCUAUCCAUAGUGGUGCCUCGAAAGGAUUAUCGCAAGCAGGGGGUUCUGUCUCAAAGCUCUCUCAGCGAACAUUAAACUCUGUAUCAUCUGCUGGCGGGGCCAUAGCCAACUUCACCAGUCCCGUUAGCACCACUGUAGCCAAAGCGACCAAUCCCGUUGGUAAUUCUGUCGCCCAUUUCACCAGCCCAGUUCGAAGCGGCGUCAAAAAGGGCGUGACCAUGGCUGCUGGUACUGUAACAAGCUCCCUUUUCAAGGCUGCUAAGGGAGUCUCAAACGCGAGGGUCUCCGUCACGGAUACUGUAACAAGUUCAGUGUCAAUGGCUGGGAAGGCGGCAAAGAAGACGGGUAAGGUGGCAAAGAAGACAGUCACGCAAGCAGCUUCCACCGUUUCAACGACUGUCGCAGAUCCUGUCGCCGGCAGUGUCGUUCACGUUGGUAGCAGCAUCCAAAGGCGUGCGUCGAUGGUGGGCGCUCAAGCGAGCAGCACAGCCAAAACAGCAGUGAGGGGGAUGGGGAUUUCGAAUGGGGAACAAGACGAUGAAGUAGAAUUUGCAUUGAAACGACUGUUAUGGGAUAUGGAUGACCCUUCCAUACGAAAGAUUGAUGACUACAGCCCCCGGUGCUACGGUAUUGAGCUCCCAGAUCGUCUCCUUUGGCAGGCAUUCGUUGUCGACAGCGACAUUUCGCGGCCAGAAGAUUCCCGAUGGUUUACUGGACGUCCAUCACAGCCAGCCUUUCAAGAUAUGAACCUCAUUGCGAUAUCCAAGUCAAGAAAGAAUCAAAAGAAGACCAAGAAAAAGAAGAAGAAGAAAAAGAAAGGGGUGGCCGAAGACCCGCUGGUUGUGCUCUGGCAAACCUGCACCGGUGAUGGCGUCGAUGACAAUCCUUUGGAUCCGAGAGGUCUUGUUAUGGCCUACGAAGAAUGUGGACGAGUAAGUCCAGUAGUCUCAGAUUUCGAUUGUUUCACAAUGGGAACGAGGCAAAUCCGUUAUGACGUGCUGCCAGAAGAGCAGAUCAAGCUUCUCGACUGGUGCGUGUCAAACAUUGAAGACGUCCUGGAUCGUCAAAACUCUUCGAAGGAUGCGACGUGGACAGAUCGGUGGUUGGACGUGUUGAAAUCUAGCGCAAAGAAAGGGUUUCAUCCAGAGAUCCCUAAAUACGGCUUUGGUGAUGCCAAGUCAUACGACAUUGUUGAAAACGCCGUCGACUUCCUUCAAGAGAGUGGGGCAGUUCGGCACGGAGCCGAAUGCUUCAACUUUUAUUUUCCCCAAGAUCUUGAUGACGAGUUUCUAAUCGUGUCCGAGUCUCUGCCCGACGAUCCGAAGUGGCGCUACGUGGGCGUGGAAGAGUUGCUGGACUUUCUUUUUGAACGCGUGAAAGAGGGUUACACCUUUCCUUUGAACCCGAAAUGGGUGCUGUGCGACGACGGAAGGUGGAAGAAGCUGUUUGAUUGUCUCCUGACUAGUGAGGCGCCGUUUGUGCAAGAGUCUUUAGAGGCGUGGAUGCCACAGAGUGUUCGUGACAAAAUCGAGGCGAUCCGGGUGCGUCAUCCCGAUGGGUUUGUUUCGGACAAAGCAAGAGACGACGAAGUUUGUGGUACAGAAGCUAUGGACUUGGCCAUGCUCAACAUUGAUCGAUACAUGAUUCUUCGUCGCGCCCGGAACAAACUCUGGCUCAUGGGCUUCUUCCUAACGCUGCUGCGGACUGUACGAGAAAGGCGUGCAGGGUUAGAGGUCGACAAUGACGAAGAUUCCGACGAGGAAGUAGGAUCGCAGGAAUCACAGGAAGAGGGAGAGGGUUGGAAUGGUGGGGACGAAAGCGAUGAACUGUCUGAAGAGACUGACAGAUAG